AUGGGCAAUUCAUCUCCCACUGAAGCAGCCCCGGCUUACGAGGAUCUAUUCCAUGAGCGCCCUGGUGGCGGUCGCGCUGGUUAUGCCAUGGUCGGUCAAAUCGACGACACAGCUGAUGUAGACGUUGAGCAAGCCCAUCAACAUCAGCAUACCGGAGAUCCCUCUUCGAUCCCCCUGUCAACACAGGAUAAUCAACAUGCUCACUGUGCUGAAUGUGAUCGCCAACUCUUGUGA